UCUGUAAAGGUCUAUUUCUAUUACUUCGGCGCCUGCCUGCUAUACAGGGAACAAAAGUCCAAAUCGCAAGUAUUUGAUUUUGAAUAGAAGUCACCGGGGUUGUAAAGUUAAAAUGAGUUUCAGAGAGGGAACUCGGGCCAGCUCCACGGGUGGCACAUGGUGAUGGUGGUGGGGACUUGGGCAUAUCUGUGACAGUUGUUAUUUAAUAUGGUCAAUUUGGGAUUAUUUGGGCCUAAUAAAUCGGAGAUAUGUGUAUAAGUAAGGGCAUUAUUAAGGGCUUCUUUGCAUUGGGGGGGGACUCCAAAGCCUAGCGUUGAAGCAGCCAGAGCAACCGUGAGGACUACAUAAAGCUCUCUCUCAUUGCAAUGGAUGCUGUUGGGCUGAAGAAAUCUAUAAUGGGUGUGAAGAAUAGUGAUAGUUGCAGUGAUUUCAAGAUGAUGAAGAAAAUGGAUGAUGGUGGGACAAAGAGGAAGAACAGCAAUGUGAAUGGCAAUGGGAAUUCAAAGCUUUUGGCAUCUGAUGCCCUGCUUCUCCCUCUGGGGCUCACCAACAAGGUCUUCUUUGUGCUGUUUUUUACUGCAUCAUAUUUCCUGAUGAGGAGAUGGAGGGAGAAGAUCAGAACCUCAACACCCCUCCAUGUUGUAAGCUUUGGAGAGCUUGUGGCCAUUGUGGCCCAGUUGGCUUCCUUCAUCUAUCUUUUGGGCUUUUUUGGUAUUGAUUAUGUCCAAAACUUUAUCAAUAAGAACAAUGAUGGCUCCUGGGAUGAAUUUGCUGAGGAGGAUUUGAAUGCCCCUACAACAGCUUGUGGGAUACCAGCCAAAGAAGAAACCAUUGUUAAGAAGCCUGAGAUCCAACUUAAGGGACUUUCCCUUGGUGACAAUGAGGAUGCGGACAUUGCAGCUGCUGUUUGCAAUGGCACCGUGGCCUCCUAUUCUCUUGAAUCCUCCCUUGGGGACUGCAAAAGAGCUGCCUCUGUGAGAAGGAGUGCCCUGGAGCUCAUGACUGGGAGAUCUCUUGAUGGGCUGCCCUUGGAGGGAUUUGACUAUCAGUCCAUUCUAGGGCAGUGCUGUGAAAUGCCUAUCGGAUAUGUGCAAAUCCCUGUGGGCGUAGCAGGGCCUUUAUUAGUCAAUGGGUUUGAGUACAUGGUGCCCAUGGCAACCACAGAAGGGUGCCUGGUGGCCAGUACCAAUAGAGGUUGCAAAGCCAUCUUAAUGAGUGGUGGUGCUACAAGUAUUCUUCUCAGAGAUGGCAUGACUAGGGCUCCAGUGGUUAGGUUUCAGAGUGCAAAAAGGGCUGCAGAUCUCAAAUACUAUCUUGAAGAUCCUACAAAUUCUGACAACAUCUCUGACAUCUUCAACAGGACUAGCAGAUUUGCUAGGCUGCAAGGCAUACAAUGUGCUAUUGCAGGCAAGAAUUUGUAUAUGAGAUUUUCUUGCUCCACUGGAGAUGCCAUGGGAAUGAACAUGGUUUCUAAGGGGGUUCAAAAUGUGUUAGAUUUUCUUCAAUCCGAGUUCCCUGACAUGGAUGUUAUCAGUGUUUCUGGCAAUUUCUGUGCAGACAAGAAACCCACAGCAGUGAACUGGAUUGAAGGGCGUGGGAAAUCAAUAGUGUGUGAGGCCGUCAUAACCGAGGCAGUCGUGAACAAGGUGUUGAAGACGACAGUUCCAGCGUUGUUGGAGUUGAACAUGCUCAAGAACUUGACUGGAUCUGCAAUGGCAGGCGCCAUGGGAGGAUUCAACGCCCAUGCUGCCAACAUUGUAUCAGCUGUGUUCAUUGCAACGGGUCAAGAUCCUGCUCAAAAUGUGGAGAGCUCCCACUGCAUUACCCUAAUGGAGCCUGUCAAUGGUGGCAAAGAUCUGCAUAUGUCAGUUACAAUGCCAUGCAUUGAGGUGGGAACGGUGGGAGGUGGGACCCAAUUGUCUUCACAGGCAGCAUGCCUGAACAUGCUUGGAGUGAAAGGAGCAAAUGCUAAAUCUCCUGGAGGAAAUGCUCAAAACUUGGCAAGAAUAGUGGCAGCUGCAGUAAUGGCAGGAGAGCUGUCCCUCAUGUCCGCUCUUGCUGCAGGCCAGCUUGUCAGGAGUCACAUGAAAUACAACAGAUCAAUCAAGGAUAACAAAGCAGAAGCAGCAUCAGCCUAGCACUAGUUCUAGUACUGUCCCCACUACAGACAAGAGCAAUAUUAUUAUUAAUCUACUUGUAAGGAUGCUUCUGCUGUGGGAAUCUUAGUUCCACACUAAAAGGAAGCUUCAUAAUAGCUGUGUUUCAGAGUCUAGUGUCUUUUAAUUUUUGUUAUGUCGUCUCGUUUGGCGCAGAGCUUGUGCUUUCUAUGUAUAGAUCCUUGUUGUAAUUUUGCAUAAAAAGGUUAUGGAAUAAAAACAGUAGCGUAUAAAUAUUUGCCCAGAAUCUA